AUGCCUGAGAAACACGGAAAGUCGUCUGAAGUCUACAAAGAACUCCUACAUGACUUCAUGAACUUCAAGCAAACGGGUUGGAAACCUUUCGGACCAAACAUUGGGGGCGUGGAGCAUAUGAAGUCAAAAACAAUGUAUGAGAAAAAAAUGGCCUCAAGACAUGCUUUCCGAAGCCUGGCAAAAAAAGUUGCAGCCGAUGCAGUUGGCUUAUUGCCAAGUAGUUUCAUUGAGGACGAAGGAGCACAAGAAGAUAGUGAUGAUGAUGAUGAUGAUGAUGAUGAAGGGGAAAACAAAGCGGCUCGUUCGUCCUCCGCCAAUGCUGCAAGUACCUCCCGCAAGACAAGUAGUAGCAAACCGAUUGAUCUUACUUGUCAAGCUGCUAAAGAGGAUGUCGAUGGUCGUAUUCUUGGAUUUGAAGUCGGGCAAAUGAGACAACAUUAUCUCUUGCAGUAUCCAACCGGAAACAAAUUGGGGGUUGUCUGCUGUCUAGACGGAGACGUUGAAGAUAGGACAUCCAACCAGUUCAAGCUUUCAAAUGACGGGAAAACCGUUACUCGCAUGAGACGAGUUCCAAAGGAAUGCAGCAGCGCCAACAUAUUGCUCAAGGGGGCCGAUGAGGAUGAUCGAGAGGGAGUGAUGGCUGGGUUUGGUUCCAGUGACAUUGAUGUCAUCGUUCUGGAAUCUGCAAUUAAAAAAAGGAUGGAAAAUUGCAAACGGGACAAGGAUGGUCAGAUUUGGGAACACAGGGAUGUGAUUGAUCUCCCUUUUGCCUGCAUGCCAACCAUGGUUAGCAAAGAGGGUAAGCCAAUGAAGACUUUCAAGGUAAGAAAGAACACGAACGGAUUUCGCUGGGCUUCCUUUUGGCUUGUGGGAAAGCAUGCUGCGAAGGCUGCAGGCGCCAGUGAAAGUAGAAGGUUUGGAGGAACUCGAGUUUUCUCUCCUACUGCAGAUGACGAAUCCCUUUAUUCGUAUCAAACAGUACGCUCGAACGAUGUUCCUAUGAAACAUGUGCAAGUUGAAAAGAAGACCACCAAGAAGAAGACAGCGACCACAAAGCACACCAUGCGAAGCAAGAAGAACUAA